AUGGGUGAAUUAAAGAUCAAUGGCAGCACCCCAGCCAGGCCGUGGCAGAGCACUCAUCCCGAAGCCCAGCCUCGAGACUUCUCGACCGACAUUCUUGUUGUCGGUGGUGGUCUCGGCGGGGUGUCCGCAGCCCUUGGCGCAUUGCGCAGAGGACGCCGCGUCUUCUUGACUGAAGAGUAUGAGUGGCUGGGCGGCCAACUUACUAGUCAAGCCGUGCCCCCAGACGAGCACAGCUGGGUUGAGCAGUUUGGAGUGACCCGGUCCUAUAGGGCCUUGCGUGAUGGAAUUCGCCAGUACUACCGGGAUCAUUAUCCCCUGACAGACGAGGCAAGACGAAGACCACAGUUGAAUCCAGGUGCCGGCCAUGUCAGCAAGCUUUGCCAUGAACCUCGCGUCGCAGUCGCAGUCAUCGAUACCAUGCUCAUGCCGUACAUCGGGAGUGGAAAGCUCGUCGUAAAGAAGCGCACAAGACCUGUCUCGUGCGAAGUGGACGAACAAGGCAUCGUCCACAGCGUCACAUUCCGCCGUCUCGAUAACCCAGGCAUCUUUACAGUUCAAUCCAGCUAUGUGAUUGACGCCACGGAGCUUGGAGAUCUUCUGCCUCUAUCCAAAACUCCUUAUGUCACUGGAUUCGAGUCACGCCAGGAUACCGGGGAGCCCAGUGCCCCUGACGAGGCACAGCCGCAAAACUCCCAAGCUGUCUCAAUCUGUUUCGCAGUUGAGCAUAUCGAGGGAGAAGACCACAUAAUACCGAAGCCUCCGAACUACGACUUUUGGCGCAAACGACACCCCGAUUUUUGGGGCGCACCGCUGCUUGGUCUAAAAGCGCCUCAUCCACGCACACUUGAGAUUGUUGAACGCGAGUUCACUCCGAAUCCCAACGAUGACCCGGCAUUGGUUUUUGCAGACCAGCGCAAGUCUGGCGGAGACAUGAAUCUUUGGACUUUCCGCCGCAUCGCCGCGCGCGACAAUUUCACUCCUGGAGCCUAUCAAUCGGACGUGUGCCUCGUCAACUGGCCCAUGAUUGAUUAUUUCGAGAAACCCAUCAUUGACGUGACAGAGGAUGAUCUUGAAGAGCGCCUCAGCGAAGCCGCUUCCUUGUCUUACAGCAUGCUCUACUAUCUACAGACGGCGUGCCCCAGAGCAGACGGUAGGGGCACGGGCUACCCAGGACUUCGGCUGCGAGGCGACAUCACAGGGACAGAACAUGGAUUGGCAAUGGCGCCGUACAUUCGAGAAUCGCGCCGAAUUAAGGCCAUCACCACUAUUGUUGAGCAGCAUCUAUCUUUGAAGGUCCGUGGCGAGAAGGGGGCAGUCCAGUAUCCCGACAGCGUGGGAGUCGGCAUGUACCGCAUCGACCUCCAUCCAUCUACUGGUCAAGACAACUACAUCGACGUCGCGUGCUGUCCUUUCCAAAUCCCAUUGGGUGCAUUGAUCCCACUGAAACGGUCCAACUUGCUGGCGGGCUGCAAAAAUAUUGGGACCACGCACAUCACCAACGGGUGUUACAGACUCCAUCCUGUUGAGUGGAAUAUUGGCGAGGCAGCAGGGUUGCUGGCUGCACACUGUCUGGACACGGGGCUCUCGCCGCACCAAGUUCAGGGAGACGCCGGGUUAUUCAGCGAGUUUCACAAGGUGCUACUCCAUGAAGGUAUUGAAACUGAAUGGCCUGACGUUUCCGGGUACUGA